AAAUGAUGGAAGAAUUGCAUAGCCUGGACCCACGAAGGCAGGAACUACUGGAGGCCAGGUUCACUGGAGUCGGGGUUGCUAAGGGUCCAUUAAAUAGUGAGUCUUCCAACCAGAGCUUGUGCAGCGUGGGUUCUCUGAGUGAUAAAGAAUUGGAGACUCCUGAGAAAAAACAGAAUGACCAGCGGAAUAGAAAAAGGAAAGCAGAAGCGUAUGAGACCAGUCAAGGAAAAGGCACUCCUAGAGGACAUAAAAUUAGUGAUUAUUUUGAGUUUGCUGGGGGAAGCGGCCCAGGAACCAGUCCCGGUAGAAGUGUGCCGCCUGUCGCCAGAUCAUCACCGCAGCAUUCCUUAUCCAACCCCUUGCCGCGGCGAGUGGAGCAGCCGCUGUAUGGGGUAGACGGCAGCACAGCAAAGGAACCGCAGGAGGAACACUCUGCUCUGCCAACGCUGAUGUCGGUGAUGCUGGCGAAACAGCGGCUAGAGAAUGAGCAGCUGGCACAGAGGGGAGGUGGCCUCUGUUUUACUUUUGUCUCGGCCCAGCAAGGCAGCCCAUCUUCUACCGGAUCAGGGAACACUGAGCACUCCCGCACUUCCCAAAAACAGGUUUCCAUCCAGCACAAACAGUCACAGUCUGACCUCACAAUGGAAAAAAUAUCUGCACUAGAAAACAGUAAGAACUCUGACUUGGAGAAGAAGGAGGGGAGGAUAGAUGACUUAUUAAGAGCCAACUGCGAUUUGAGACGACAGAUAGAUGAACAGCAAAAGAUGCUGGAGAAGUACAAGGAGCGGUUGAAUAGAUGUGUAACGAUGAGCAAGAAGCUUCUUAUAGAAAAGUCAAAACAGGAGAAGAUGGCAUGCAGAGAUAAGAGCAUGCAGGAUCGAUUGAGGCUAGGUCACUUCACUACAGUGCGACAUGGGGCGUCUUUCACCGAGCAGUGGACAGAUGGCUAUGCCUUCCAGAACCUCAUCAAGCAACAGGAAAGGAUAAAUUCCCAGCGAGAAGAAAUAGAAAGACAACGAAAAAUGUUAGCAAAACGGAAGCCACCUGCAAUGGGACAGACCCCUCCAGCAAGCAAUGAGCAGAAGCAGCGCAAGAACAAGACCAAUGGAGCAGAAAAUGAAACGUUAACGUUAGCAGAAUACCACGAACAAGAAGAAAUCUUCAAACUCCGACUAGGUCAUCUUAAGAAGGAAGAAGCAGAGAUCCAGGCAGAGUUGGAACGGCUAGAGAGGGUUAGAAAUCUACAUAUCAGGGAAUUGAAAAGGAUACACAAUGAAGAUAAUUCACAAUUUAAAGACCAUCCAACGCUAAAUGAUAGAUACUUGUUGCUACAUCUUCUGGGUAGAGGUGGCUUCAGUGAAGUAUAUAAGGCAUUUGAUUUAACAGAACAGAGAUAUGUAGCUGUGAAAAUACACCAGUUAAAUAAAAACUGGAGAGACGAGAAGAAAGAAAACUAUCACAAACAUGCAUGUAGAGAGUACAGAAUUCACAAAGAACUGGAUCAUCCUCGAAUAGUUAAGCUAUAUGACUACUUUUCGCUGGAUACUGACUCGUUUUGUACAGUGUUAGAAUACUGUGAGGGAAAUGAUCUGGACUUCUACCUGAAACAGCACAAGUUAAUGUCGGAGAAAGAGGCGCGAUCCAUUAUCAUGCAGAUUGUGAAUGCUUUAAAAUACUUAAAUGAAAUCAAACCUCCCAUCAUACACUAUGACCUUAAACCAGGUAACAUUCUUCUAGUCAAUGGUACUGCAUGUGGAGAGAUAAAAAUCACAGAUUUUGGACUUUCCAAAAUCAUGGAUGAUGACAGCUACAACUCUGUUGAUGGCAUGGAACUGACAUCGCAGGGGGCUGGUACUUACUGGUAUUUGCCACCAGAAUGUUUUGUGGUUGGGAAAGAACCUCCAAAGAUUUCAAAUAAAGUUGAUGUCUGGUCAGUGGGAGUCAUCUUCUAUCAGUGUCUCUAUGGCAGAAAGCCCUUUGGUCACAACCAGUCACAACAAGAUAUUCUGCAGGAGAACACAAUUCUGAAAGCUACCGAGGUGCAGUUCCCUCCAAAGCCAGUAGUCACGCCAGAAGCAAAGGCAUUUAUCAGACGCUGUUUGGCCUACCGAAAGGAGGAUCGGAUAGAUGUCCAGCAGCUGGCCUGUGACCCAUACCUGCUGCCUCACAUCCGCAAAUCUGUAUCCACGAGCAGCCCAGCUGGAGCUGCAAUUGCAUCAACCUCUGGAUCAUCCAAUAACAGCUCUUCAAACUGAGACAGAGUAAUAGGCCAAAAACUGCUUGAGAAACCGGCAAAAAGACUUUCAGAAACAGCUUUGGAGUAGAGGAAUCCGUAAGGGUCUCAAGAAACCUGUACCAGGUGCUUUUUUUUUCUCUUGCUUUUUUCCAUCCAUAGAGCAUGACAACAUCAACUCUCAUCAAGAAAACCUUCGGCAUCUAGGCCAAGCCAUGCGGAUAGGAGAUGGCUUGAGGUUUAUCCAGUUAAAUGACCACAAAAGGGUGGCUGCUCUGAGCAAGGAGGGGAAACUCAA